CUGAUUACCGCCGACGACCUGCUGGCGCUGCCCGACGACGGCAAGCGGUACGAGUUGGUGCGGGGGGAAUUGAAGGUAAUGGCGCCAGCUGGUGACCGUCAUGGUGAAGUUGCAGACCGCAUUGGGCGGAGGGUCGGCAAUUUCGUGGAGCUGCACCGCCUGGGUCGUACCGUCAGCGCCGAAACCGGGGUUUGGAUAGAGCACAACCCGGACACGGUGCGGGCUCCCGAUUACGCGUUUACGUCCCACGCAAGGCUGUUUGGCUUGCCGGCGAGCCGCGGCUAUGCCGAAACAGUCCCCGACCUGAUAGUCGAGGUCGUUUCACCCAACGAUACCCAGCCGGAAAUCGACUCGAAAACCCGCAUGUGGCUCGAGUCCGGGGUCCGUCUGGCCCUGGUGGUGUAUCCGGAUGCAGGGCUGGUCGUCGCCCACCAUGCCGAUGGCACGGCGCAACAGUUCGGCACGGGCGACACGCUGACUGCCGAGCCGGUGCUGCCCGGCUUCGAAUGCCCGGUGGCCGAUAUCUUCACUUACUGA